AUGAGGCUUCCCUCAAUACUACACCUUUCUCUGGCCUUCGGGCUCUCGUUAUCUGCAUCUGCUGUUGCAGCGCGGAGCAACUACUCCGAAGCCGAGCUAAUACCUCCGCUCUUCUCCACCUUCAGCGAUCGACCGGACGGGUGCCCUCCGUGCUUCAAUUGUCAACUAGACGCCUUCCAAUGCGCCCAGUUUGCAUCAUGCGAUAGGUUUACAGGGAAAUGUGUCUGUCCGCCCGGUUUCGGAGGCGAUGAUUGUGCACAGCCGUUGUGUGGAUCGUUGGCCGAUGGCCACCAGAGGUCUCCCGCGAAGGAUGGACAGUGCGCAUGUAAGGAUGGCUGGGAAGGUCUCAAUUGCAACGUCUGUCAAACGGACGAUGCUUGUAAUGCCAUGAUGCCAGAAGGAGAAGGCGGCGUCUGCUACAAGCAAGGUGUUACUGUCAAGGAGAAUUUCCAGAUGUGCGAUGUGACGAACCGCAAGAUUCUUGACCAAUUAAAGGAUCGCAAGCCUCAGGUUACAUUCUCCUGCGAGGCGGAGGACAACACGUGCAACUUUCAGUUCUGGGUUGGCAAGGUAGAAUCCUUCUACUGCGGCCUGGAUACGUGUCAGUGGGGACUGGAGACGACUCACAACCAAAACAAGACUCACUACACGUGCGAAAACAUCCACUGCGAGUGUAUUCCUGGACGCAUGCUGUGUGGCGAGGAGGGAUCCAUUGACAUUGGCGACUUCCUCCGAGAAUCAAUCGCAGGUCCGGCAUCGUUCUCGGCCGUCUCAACCGUGGGGGGUAGUCCCGACGAUGGAAGCAAGUUCCAGGAGCCGGCCAUGGAUGACUUGAUUAAGGCAGUCUUUGGCGACAAGAGUAUCACGCUGAACUGCAACUCAGGAGAGUGUUUGUAUAGGACAGAUGUCCCCGGAUAUACCCGCCCUGUCAAACAGAUCAACACUCCUCUCAUUGCUGGCGUCAUUGCAGGAUGUGCUCUCUUUGUCGUGGCCGUGAUCUUAGCAGUAUGGUACUUGUCACGCAGAUCUUAUGGCCGAAUACAAUUGCCCCUCUCCGACGACUCGGAUGAUGAGGCGGCCAAACUCCUAGCCGAGCACAAGCCAGCAGCCCUGUACUGGGACAAUGUCUCAUACUAUCUUAACGGGAGGGAAAUCCUCAGUGGGAUUCAGGGUGCAUCUCAACCCGGUCAAAUCACGGCUAUCAUGGGUGCUUCAGGAGCAGGCAAGACCACAUUCCUCGACAUCCUUGCUAGGAAGAACAAGAGAGGCACGGUCCGUGGUGAAUUCUAUAUCAAUGGAGAGAAAAUCAGUGACCAUGAUUUCAAGUCUAUGAUUGGCUUUGUCGACCAAGAGGACACCAUGCUUCCUACUUUGACCGUGCAUGAGACCAUCCUGACUAGUGCGUUGCUGCGGCUUCCUCGGGACAUGAGUCGAGCUGCAAAGGAACAACGAGUAUUUGAGGUCGAGAAGCAGCUUGGAAUCUCACACAUUAAAGACCAAUUGAUCGGGUCCGAGGAAGGUAAAGGCCGAGGCAUCUCUGGCGGUGAAAAGCGACGAGUAGGAAUCGCUUGCGAGCUUGUCACAAGCCCCAGUAUACUCUUUCUGGAUGAACCCACUAGUGGACUGGACGCGUUCAAUGCUUUCAAUGUUGUGGAAUGCCUGGUCACUCUGGCAAAGACGUACAACCGGACUGUCAUUUUCACCAUCCAUCAGCCGAGAUCUAACAUCGUGGCUCUAUUCGAUCGACUUAUUCUUCUGGCUAAAGGAAAAACUGUAUAUUCUGGCCCAUUCUCGACAUGUCAACAAUACUUUGACCAGGCGGGAUACUCUUGCCCUCCGGGCUUCAAUAUCGCUGAUUACCUGGUUGAUCUGACGAUGCACGCCAGUGUUUCUCGCUCUUACAGUGACGAAGACAGGCAACUUUACUCACGGAAAAAGGAUCCUGAGACACCUUCUACACCCAAAACGGAUGAAGAGGAUGUGCAAUUGGAUGAUGUGGCGGACAACACUCAGCAAUGGCUUCGUCUCUCCCGUCAACCUGCUAUUAUACCGAACCAGACUCCCGAAGAACCAGAUCAUUUGCCACCUGUCGCUCCAGGCCAGACAGAUCUUGAUAUCCUGGUCUCAAAUUACAUCUCGUCGGAUAUUGCCCGUUCUGUGCAUGACGAGAUUGUGGCCGCCGUCCAGAAUGCUCGGGCGGCCAACGGAUUUGCCAACCCGGAAGCUCUGUCUGCUCCUCACGUUGCAACUUCUAAGGGCUAUGCUCGGAUUGGCCUCUUCCGCCAGUUCUUGAUUCUCUCACAGCGGACCUGGAGGAAUCUGUACCGCAAUCCGAUGUUGAUGCUUACCCAUUAUGCGAUCUCCAUUCUGCUUGCUGUCCUGUGCGGUUACCUCUUCUAUGGACUGACUGACGACAUCAAGGGCUUCCAGAACCGACUGGGUCUUUUCUUUUUCAUCCUGGCAUUAUUCGGUUUCAGUACCCUUACCAGUCUGACCGUCUUCUCGUCGGAGCGACUUCUUUUCGUGCGUGAGAGAGCCAAUGGCUAUUACCACCCGAUUACCUAUUUUGCGGCUAAAGUGGUGUUCGACAUCGUACCUCUCCGACUUCUGCCCCCAAUCAUUAUGGGAAUGAUUGUGUACCCAAUGACGGGUCUGAUUCCAGCCUGGGGCGAGUUCUUCCGGUUCAUUCUGGUGCUGGUGCUCUUUAACCUUGCUGCCGCCAACAUUUGUCUUUUCAUUGGUAUCAUCUUCCGUGACGGAGGAGUGGCCAACCUGAUCGGAAGUCUUGUGAUGUUGUUCAGCCUCCUGUUUGCUGGUCUUUUGCUCAACCACGACGCGAUUCCCAAGUCUGCUCUGUGGCUACAAACGCUAUCUAUUUUCCAUUACGGCUUUGAGGCAUUGAUUGUCAAUGAAGUGACGUAUUUGACCUUGAUCGAUCACAAGUAUGGAUUGGAUAUAGAAGUCCCGGGCGCCUCGAUUCUGAGUGCUUUUGGGUUUGAUACCCUCGCCUUGUGGAAGGAUGUUAUCGGGCUGGCCGUCAUCUCCGGCGCCUUCAUUGUGAUUGCAUAUGGCGCGAUGCAUAUCCUGCUUGUUGAGAAACGGUGA